GGCCGGAGGGAGCGGCGGCGCGGCAGGCAGAGCCGCCCGGCCCGCGCCCGGCGGAGGCAGCAGGGCGGGCGGGCUGGCGGGCGGGCGGUGGCUGCGCCCGGGCCCCGCCGCCCCGGCCCCGCCGCCAGGCUCCGCCCGUCGCUCCCAUGGCGCGGCGGCUCCGCGCCAGGUGAGGCUGCGCUGCCUGUUGCGCCGCUGGGGCGCGGGCCGAGCCGAGCCGAGCCGAGCCGAGCCGAGCCGAGCUGAGCCGCCGGCGGCGACACGCCGCGAAGUUUUGCGGGCAGGCGCCGCUCCGCGAUGUGUGCUUCUAAGAAGAGUAUUGACCAUGAGGAAGCCCACAUGUUAGUCGGUUUUUACUAAUCCCAACGAAGAAAAUGAAGCCACGUUUCAGCUUUGCCAGUCCUUUUCCUACCACUGUUGGCUGAAUGAGAAGUGGUCGUGUGAUUAUGCUGACACCCCAGCAUGCAUUUGGUAGACCUGUGGUUAACUCGUUCCCUCUCCAUGUGUCUGCUCUUACAAAGUUUUGUCCUCAUGAUACUGUGCUUUCAUUCUGCCAGUAUGUGCCCGAAAGGCUGCCUCUGUUCUCACUCCGGAGGUCUGAACGUCAGCUGUAGCAAUGCAAACCUCAAGGAAAUACCCAGAGAUCUUCCUCCAGAAACAGUCUUACUUUAUUUGGACUCUAAUCAGAUAACAUCUAUCCCCAAUGAAAUUUUUAAGGACUUGCACCAACUGAGAGUCCUCAAUUUGUCAAAAAAUGGGAUUGAGUUUAUAGACGAACAUGCCUUUAAAGGGGUGGCAGAAACCUUGCAGACUCUGGAUUUGUCCGACAACCGGAUUCAAAGUGUGCACAAAAACGCUUUCAACAACUUAAAGGCCAGAGCCAGGAUUGCAAACAAUCCCUGGCACUGUGACUGCACGCUGCAGCAGGUGUUGAGGAGUAUGGCCUCCAACCACGAGACGGCCAACAACGUCAUCUGCAAGACUUCUGUGCUGGAUGAACACGCGGGGAGACCGUUCCUCAAUGCUGCCAACGAUGCCGACCUCUGCAACCUUCCUAAAAAGACUACCGAUUAUGCCAUGCUGGUCACCAUGUUUGGCUGGUUCACCAUGGUGAUCUCAUAUGUGGUUUAUUACGUCCGGCAAAAUCAGGAGGAUGCAAGGAGGCACCUUGAGUACUUGAAAUCCCUGCCAAGCAGGCAAAAGAAACCAGACGAAGCUGAUGACAUUAGCACUGUGGUAUAGUAUUCUGAAUACAAUGACUGCCUUUGUGAUGGAAACUAGAUUUGGAUGACACUAAAACCAGAGGUUUACUUCUAACAUUCAUUGUAAACAUUAAGACUUUUGGGGUUUUAUUCUGUUUAACCAAAUUACGCCACUGUUGAGCUUUCUAACAAAGUUUUGUCUGGAUGGUAUACUUUAAUUAUUUCUCUGGUGGUAUCCUAAAGCAAGUGAACUAAUAUGUAAACAUUAGUUUAGACCCAUUCCACUAUUUAAUAACGAAAUUUAUUUUUUUAAUUUAAAAACCAAAUAAAAGCUUAAAUUUGAA